UUCUUUCUUGCUUUCUCCUUUCUCCUUCCUUCUCUGUAGUUCGUUCCUCCGUUGUACUACGUUUCUCGUCUCUGCUUCCGAUCUGCUCUCUCAAACAUAAAAAAAAUGGAGUCGAAGCUCUUAAAUUCAGUAAGUCCUGCCGUUUCUACUCCUCGUUCUGUCAAAUAUUCAUCGCCCAACUCCCUUUUCGUCACCCGGAAUUGGCUGGAUUCCAACUUCAGAUGUGCCCGAUCAUGGUCACCAAGAAAAUGUAUUACAUCUGUCCAAGCUUCUGCGGUUUCUGCUGCCAGAUUGGAGAGUAAGAAAAGAGUUGAUGAGAGCAAAAGCUUAACCCUGGAUACUAUAAGACAUUCUCUGAUCCUACAAGAAGAUAGCAUAAUAUUUAGCCUGUUGGAGAGGGCUCAGUAUUGUUACAAUGCUGAUACUUAUGAUCAGAAUAUAUUUUCCAUUGAUGGGUUCAAAGGUUCAUUGGUGGAGUACAUGGUUGGGGAAACUGAAAGGCUUCAUGCACAGGUUGGCAGAUACAAGAGCCCAGACGAGCAUCCUUUCUUUCCGGAAGACUUACCGGAGCCAAUGUUGCCACCUCUGCAAUAUCCACAGGUUUUGCAUCCCAUUGCCGAUUCUAUCAAUAUAAACAAGAAGAUCUGGGAGAUGUAUUUCAGUGAUCUUCUUCCAAGAUUGGUUAAAAAAGGUGAUGAUGGUAAUUGUGGAUCAACGGCUGUUUGCGACACAAUUUGUCUGCAGGCACUCUCAAAGCGAAUUCAUUAUGGCAAAUUUGUAGCAGAGGCAAAGUUUCUAGCUUCCCCUGUUGUAUAUAAAGCUGCCAUUAAAGCUCAAGACAGAGAUCAAUUGAUGGCUUUGCUAACCUAUGAGACUGUUGAAGCUGCAAUCAAGAAGAGAGUUGAGAUGAAAGCCAGGACAUACGGGCAGGAGGUGAGUGUCAAUGGAGAGAUGCCUGGAGAUGAUCCAGUAUGCAAAAUCAACCCUAGCUUAGUUGCCGAUCUGUAUGGAGAGUGGAUCAUGCCUUUGACCAAGGAAGUUCAGGUUGAAUACUUAUUGAGAAGGUUGGACUGAGAGAAACAACCUCCUAAAUUAGGGGCUUAUAUUGUGAUGCCAAUGUUAAUAUGUAAGAUAGCUAUUGUUGAAUAUGAUGCAAUUUAAAAAAUACAGAUCCUAAACUUGUUCUAUCAAGACAUCAAGGUAUUUCCCAUUCGAAUCCCUAGGAACAUUCUGAAUUUUUAAAGCGUAAAAACACAUGCA